AUGAGGACCCCCAGCCUGGGAGCUCCUGGAAGACGUGGAGCGGAGGGAGUCGUGACACCGAGAGGGGCCGUGGUGGGGAGUCACCCCCGAAGACGGGUAGGGAACCCCCCCCGCGGUGGUUUGGGGAUGGCAGAGAGCUCCGGACCCCGCAGCGGAACGGCCCCAGCGCUGUCCACGGCUGGCCAAGGAGAGGAGCCGGGAGCCGGCAGGACCCAGGCUUGUGCGAAGAUGCCGAUCCCAUGCGUGAGCUCGGGGACAGGGCUGACCACCCCCUCGCCCCCCGCCAGCCCCAAGAAGGGCCGUUCCCUCAACAAGGUGAAGUCCCCAGGUACCGUACGUCGUCUCUCCAUGAAGAUGAAGAAGCUGCCGGAGCUACGGAGGAAGCUGAGCCUACGCAGCCCCCGUCCCCGGGGCCAAGAGGGUGGCACCUCGCCCUCCGAAAGCCGCAAGGAAUCCAGCAACGUCAUCAGCCGCUACCACCUAGACAGCAGCGUGACUUCACGGCCGGGGCUGCCGCGAGCCAAAGCGGCCGGCAAAGGCGGCUACUUGAGUGACGGCGACUCCCCGGAGCUGCCGGCUAAAGCUGGGGCACGUCCGGAACCGGAGGAUGGGGAGAACGGGCUGGAUGUGGGCGCUUUCCGCCCCUACAGCUGCGGGGAGAUGCCGCCACGGUGCGGGCAACACAUCUCGGGGCUGGUAAGCGUCCACCUCCACGGCGUGCAGGACCUGAAGCCACCACGGGCCGAAGCCCGGGAGGUUUUCUGCGUCUUGCAGGUGGACGCGGCCAACCGGGCUCGCACGGCUUUGCUGCCCUGCAAGACGGCGUUCCUCGGCCUCAACCACACCUUCAACCUGGAGCUGGAGGGUGCCCGGCACCUCAAGGUGAUCGUCUUCUCCUGGGAUCCCACCUCCUGCCGCAACCGUCUCUGCUGCCACGGCACUGUGGUCCUGCCCCACAUCUUCAGAGGUUGCCGGGCCCAGCAGCUGGCGGUGCGGCUGCAACCUCGCGGUAUCCUCUACUCCAAAUUCACCUUGGUGGAGCAGUGGGACAGUCCCGGUGAUCGGGAACCCCGUGUCUUCGGCGUGGAGCUGGGCCAGCUGGUGGAGAGGGAGAAGGCGGCCACCAAAGUGCCUCUGCUCAUCCAGAAAUGCGUGGCCGAGAUAGAGAAACGAGGGCUGAAGGUGGUGGGAUUGUACCGGCUCUGCGGCUCGGCCGCCGUCAAGAAAGAGCUUCGUGAUGCCUUUGAGAGGGACAGCGCGGCCGUGACGCUCUCGGAGCAGCUCUACCCCGACAUCAACGUCAUCACGGGGAUCCUCAAGGAUUACCUCCGGGAGCUGCCCACCGCCGCUUCACCCCCCACGCUCUACCACGUUGUGCUGGAGGCCAUGGCCAAGCGACCCCCCCGGGCCCCCCCAGGAGAGCGGGACGCUGUCACCCUGCUCGACUGCCUGCCUGACGUUGAGAAGGCCACACUGACGCGGCUCCUGGACCACCUCAGCCUGGUGGCCUCCUUCCACGAUUUCAACCGCAUGAACUCGCAGAACAUCGCCGUCUGCUUCGGGCCCGUCCUGCUCACCCAGAACCAGGAGCCCCGGCGCUCCGGCACCGGUACCGGCACCGGCAACCGCAGCUACGCCCACAGCGAGGACAUCGCCAGCGCCGUUGACUUCAAGAGGCACAUCGAGGUGUUGCAUUACCUGCUGCAGGCCUGGCCGGCCCCCCGCUUGGCCCCAGCCCCCCAAUUUCAGGAGGGAGCACAGCCCAGUUGCCCGCAGCAGCAACGGGGGCCACCACUGCGACUGGACCUGCUGGAGAGCGCGGUGGUGGCCCGUCACCGUCCCCGAGGACCGGAGAGCCCCCCCAGCAACCGCUACGCCGGUGACUGGAGCAUCUGCGACCACCAAUUCCUACUGGUACCCGGCACGGCCGGCGACGCCGACUACGACGAGGUGGCAGCCGGUGAUGGCGAGACCGGGGUGCCGGCGCGGCGGACCCCGCACCGGCGGACCCUCUUCGUGGCCGAUUUUGCCCUGGGUGAGGAGCCUGAGGCGCCCUUCGGCCCCUGCCUCAACCUCAAGGACUUUGACGCGCUCAUCCUCGACCUCGAGCGGGAGCUUGCCAAGCAGAUCAACGUCUGCCUGUGAGACCGGCGCCGAUACCGGUGCCGAUGCCG